ACUCUCUUCGCAGCAUGCUCUUAGCUUUUCCUCGUCCUCGAAUUUCCGUCGGCCGAUUUACUCAAGUCGCUCUUGUGAUGUUUGUGUCGUGUUCAGUGUUCUUUGGCUUCAGGCACUUGGCUGCGCAAACCUCCUUUGGCUCAGAUAUUCUCGCAAGUUUUGAUCUAUCGUCUUCUAGUAAAGAUGGGAACGCCACUUUGCUUGCACUCGCUCCGUCGUACAUCAACGCCAUCAUGAAUCCGAAUGACGAGUCUUUCUCGCAAGCAGAGUGUCCCAAACUCAAAGCUGGGAG